AACUUCGAAUGGUCCAGCCCGUCAGGAGGAGUAAGCGGCGACACAGAUAGGCGACCCACCGACAGUAUUUAGACAGAAUUAAAGUUCGUCGGGUCCACCCAACAACAGUUUGGACCACUUUAUUUCACCAUGACAUAUUCAACUGUGCGCGAGGAGUACAAGAAAUGCGUCUGAACGACUUGAGAGCGGAAGUGUGAGGAGGGGGAAGUUGUCAGGCGGUAGAGGAAAAAUAAAACCCCCAUAUAAAGUGAUUUUCGUGCUUCAAGUUCAAGUCAAACAUCGUUUUUUCUAGAGGCAGGGUGUCCCCGGAGUGCUCAAGGGCAUGGACACCCACGUGAAGGAGGGACAGCUUUAUGUGCAGCAUCAGAAGUUUGGAAAGGUAAGAUCUUGAGAAAAAAAAUCCUCUAUGCCAUCAACUUAUUAUGGUGUUGGUGUUGACAAAAUGACAAGAGAGGCAGAAACCUCAUAAGAAGUGAGGUUUUUUAUAGUAUUAAUUUAACUGGGAAUAGAAAUGUGGUGAAAGUAUAUUGAAUUAGUUGCAUGUAAUCAGAGGAGGUCACUGAAAAGUUUUAGAUUAUCAGUGAGACACAAAAAGAUUGAAGGAUUUGUCCAUAAGUGUCAACAUGCCUGCCCAACAUUAACAGUCCAGAAGUCUGGUAAUAUCCAUGUUGUGUCCGUGAACUUAACCAGGGUGAUGAAGUAGUUCCAUAUAUUUGUUCAGAUAAAGAUAGAGGAUAAAGACAAAGGCACUUACAAUCACAGAAGUUGCAGAAGUAAGAUGGGAAAAAGGCCUUUUAGUUUGCUGCUCACUUUACUUUGAACAGAAGACAAAAGACCUCAAAUUUAAGAAACUGGACGCUUUAUGACUGAUCAUUUUUCUGCUUUAUACUGUGUUUUAGUGUAUUUUAUCGUCUCUCGUGACUGCUCAUUGUCAGAAACUUUGUUAACUGUACUGUAACUAAUUUGGCCAGGCCACUCUUAAAAAAGAGGUUUUAAAUCUGCUUAAAUGAAGGUACCAGGACAGAAAUAAAACAAGUUUAUGUUGGAAUUUAAGAGAGAUAGCCAUUCAUGCUCAUACUGUUAAUUGUAGUUUUGUGUUGUUCCCUUUUGUCAAUGAGGCAGUCAAAGAGCAGUUAGUGUGCUCUUACUGACAAAGAGAGAAAAUGACCACAGUUUUUAUGUGCUGGUCUAGUUUUGAUGCAUUGGUUUCGAUAUUGUUUGUGAGAAUUGUAUGCAUGUGUUUAUGAGCUGGGGUUUGAACCACAACAGUACUCAGUUGUUUGAGUAGUAUAAAAAGUUUUUUUUUUUUUGUAUGAAUAGCAACAAAAGGCUAUAAAGGAUAGGUUUGAGAUAAGCAAGACUGAAGACAGUUAAAUAUCAGUUAUGACUGUGUGUCUGCAUGUGUGUAUGUGUUUGUAGGUGUGUCUGUGUUUGUUUUUAGGACUUGGCCUCUCUGCAGCCUUGCCUGUAGUUUUAUUAAGACCUCGUUUGGUCUUUCAGAUUUGUAAGCGGGUCUUUGUGUCUGUCUCUCUCUUCAGUCAUAUGACAGAUUAAAAACACAUUCUGGCCCUGUUUCCUGCUCUGAAAUCACCACUGGACAAUAGAUAUUCAUAUUCCUAAAACAAAGUCUCAGUGUUUGGUUUACAAACAACAGAAACGAACAACUAAGAUCAAAAAUAUGAACAUAUCUUUGCUUGGUCCAACAGAAGAGAGGAGAAACGAUAAAAAAGCAUCCGAGAAGAAUAGCACAGGAAGCUGGAAGUUGGCUGAAUUUAAAGUGUUGAAAGUGCGGUGAGGUUAGCUGGUUGAAUUAUGCAACAGGGUUGUCGGUGGACACAUAGACUCUCAAGGGUUUAAAACCUUAUGUUUGGUUGGAAAAUGUGACUUAAUAGCGCAGUAGCAACAUCCAAUCAAGCUUUCUGUCUCUACCUGCUUUUAUUGAAGUGCAAAUUCAAAUGAGAGUCUUUUGAAACUCUACCAAACCUCAGACUACAUAUAUGCACUGAGCAGUGUGUUUAUACUUACUACUGCGCAGUUUUUGCGCUGAAUUGUAAUCACACCCUUGCGACAAUUUGUACACCCAUCCUUAAGUUUGUGCUGUGUUAGAUGCAGUUGAAAACUAAUAUGUAUGAACUAGAUAACCACACACAUAUAUUCAUGCCCAAGAUGCUCAGGCCUACAAGUCCUCAUAGUUGGUAGAUAACAAAAGCGGCUUCAGCUACAAGCUAGCUCACACUUGAUCAGACUGGAUGUGUCAGGAUAAAAUAAUAUUGAACACUCUAAGGCUACAUCUGUACUCUGGAGAGUCAUCCUUAAUGUAAUAUUUGCCCAAUACAGUGGUACAGUGGUUGGAUGUUUCCCUGCUCCAACACACCUGAUUCAAAUGAUCAGCUCGUUAGUAAACCAUUCCAGAGCUUGAUAAUGAGCUGAUCAUUUGAAUCAGGUGUGUUGGAGCAGGGAAACAUUCAAAACAUGCAGGUCAGUGGGCCUUGAGGACUGGACUUGAGAACCACUGGCCUAAUAGAUCAAUAGGUUUGUAAUUCCUCUAAAUUUUGUAAUCACAACAAACAUUACAGAUGCUUAAUAUGUUUUCCAAAAAUUAGAAACACCUAAUCCUUCUUUAGCGCAACCCAUAUGUAUCACGGUAGUUUGUGAUUCUCCUAGUACACUCUGUAGUAGAUGUCUUUUCAGAAAAAACUGAAUAAAAAAUGUAAUAUGAAUGAAAAAAGAACAAAGAAUUAUCACAGUACCUCCCUGUUGUAAUAAUGUUUCAUAACAUAAUAGAUAUCAACAAUCUCAAAAGUCUAGUCACUUCCUCUGCAGCUCAAAGCUGAGGGUUGCGUAGACCCAAUUGAGUUGCAGUGAUUAUGUUGCGUUUAAGACCAACUCAACGAAGAAACUAAGAACAACUCAACUCGUUUAUUGCUAUUACGAUUCAUCACAUUUUACUGCUCUUCUAUUCAACUUUCUAAAGUUCAGCUGAUCAGUCAAAGGUCAUCACAAUUGCAAACCAAAACCAUGCCAGUUUACUCGUAGCUAAGCUCCGUUCUCAGUGGCAUGUCUGUUGUACUGCGGUGCAGUCCUGUUGAAUCCUGACAUGUUUGAAAACACUUCUGUAUAGAAAUGGCAGCACUCUGAGGUUAAGGCUGCAGCCAUGUGGUCAAACCAUUGGUCUCUCUCUCUCUCUGUCUCUCGCACCGUGACACAGAAACUCACACAUAGCACAUAAACUCCUCUACUCCCCAUUCGCAUUUAAAAAAACACUCAGAUUACAAACACACAUUUUUUUUACAGCUUUCCACUGUCCUAACUUCAUGAGAUAGAUACGCAUCAACACAUCACACACAGAGCACAUUUUUAUUCUCUUGAACACUCGCACAGAUAACCGCACACACUUCUGUAUGUCACUGAGGUCUGUCUGUGGCCGGCUACCACAUGGCUGAGUAGCUGAACUAAACAGCAGUAUGGCGAAAUGAAUGGGUCAGUGUUUCCAUCUGUCACAUAGUUUCACUGGUCUGCAUGCGAGUGCACACACACACAUACUGGACAUUAUAUUUUGUGGUAUCAUUGAAAUCCAUAGGCCUGAGUUCCACCAAGACUAUUUGUACCGCAAAGUCUUUGUGUAGUGGGUCUAAAUUUGCUCUAGAUAUCACCUGUUAUUGGUUACAUAAUAUGUGGCGGUAAACUGGUGUGAAACUUUCCUCCCCGGCUCUUGCAAGAUGCUGAUUGUUCUGUUUCAUGAAGUCUAUUUUAACCAGUUUCAACAAGUAGCUCUGAGGCUAUCUUUCAUCAUUUGGAUGUUAAAUAAUCCAAAAAUGAAGCAUGUGACAAAAGACAGUUGAUUCUGCGGACAUGACUCAAAGUGAAAUCAAUAAUAGAAACCAAACUGACUUUCACAAAACAAACUGUCCAUGGCCAGUUUUGUCCUCCUUCAACACGGCUUAACUCAGUCUAAAUUCACUUGAUGAAAUGGUCCACUGGCAGAUUGAACCUGCAGCAGUGAAUCUUUUUGGGCCAGAAGUUGCCAGAGCUUGCAGGAGACAGAGAUUUUUCAUUAUGAAACAUUACUUGCACAUGUUUUUACCAGGAAUGCAGGAAUCAACAAAAUGAACACAACAUUUUAACAAUGAAUUUGCUCUGUCUCAGUCCAACUGGUGGCAGCAGAUCGACUACAUAUAACUUUUGGAUCGUGCUGAUUUAUUGACCUUUGUUAACAAUGUACCCACUGAGCAUUUUUUUAUCUAAAAGAGGUCUAAUAGACGUCUAAAUGUAGCCUAGACGACUGGUCUAAAAUCAGGCAACUACAGGUCUAAAAAGGAACGUUUUUUAGAUGUCUGAAUUUAGACCAAGUUUAGACCAAGUCUAAAUCGGGGCUAUAUCUAUACUACACUGUAUAUUGCUCAACGGCUGUCAUAAUUACUUUGAUUAAGUACUUGGAGAUCAGAUCAACUCACAGCUGCUUUUUGAAAUAAAUAGUGAUCGAAUAUUGGGUUAAAGUGCAACGUCUAAAUUCCGUCUAAAAAUAUACAGAAUCUAGAUGGUUGAAAUUAGCUCUACUAGAUGUCUAAUAGCCGUCUAUUGUUCAGUGGGUAGUUGGUCGUAUCUUCUUAUUGAUCCAAUCCUUACAGCAGAUGAUCUCAUCCCGCCUUUUUUUCAACUGUCAGACAAACUCAUUUCAUGUCUUGUCUGUGGAAAGUCUAAUGAAAAGCACAUCUUGUCUUUCCACUUUGUCACCUUCUGUGAAACUAAAGAUAAAUCAGUUAAGCAGCAGUGACAGGGUGAACUUACCUCAUAUUUGCUUAAGUCGCUCAUAAAGAGACAACAGCAUUAAGUUCAUUAAAGUCAGUUUCAUAACUAGUUGAAAAAUGGAGACUGCAGAUUGUAUUUUCAAAUAUUUGUAUUUUCAUAUUUUAGAAUCAAAUAAGAAAACUGUUAACAAAUGAAGAUGUGGUUAUUAGUACUAAAAAAGAGAAAAACUGAAGUCUGUGGUCUUCAUUGUCAAAUGAGUCGUGGAAAAACACUUACAUUGUUGUUUCACACUGACAGCCAGUGUGUGAAGAAUCUAUCUUUGCAUCAAACUGAUACACGAGUAGUUUGACAGAUAUUUUAAGGCAGUAACAUAGAUCUAAUGUAUGAUUGACUUCAUUUCAUGUCUUUAUCUUUUACAAUCAAACUCGGCAGCAACACUUCUCUCUUUUGCUCAAGGAAACACCUUUGAAGAGGGUUUUUUUUAAACUUUUGUGGCUACAUUGACCCAGCGCUGAGAUGGUUUGCCACUCAAAAAGAAAAAAAACAAAAAAACAAAUGUGAUUAAAAAACAUGAGAAAAUUGACUGACUAUUAAGUGUUGCAGGGCCCUUACAAUGCUGAUACAGUAAUUAUAUAAGAGUGAUGAAGCAUUAAAGAGUGAGCACAGCCGUGAACCUAAACAACAGUGUUAACCAACAGGAGGCUGGUGAGGAAGUUGCUGUUCUCCCUGUCAAGAUCUUUUUUGCAUAAUUUCCACUCAGAGUAUAGGCGGCUGAUAACCGUCUGUUGCCUUAUAUGGAGCAUCUGAUUCACACACACACACACACACACACACACACACACACACACGCUCACACACACCUCACAGGACCAUGUUUCUCUCUCCCUUUAUAUAACAUUAUCACCUAUGAUGGUCUGGUGGUUUAAACGUGUGUGUACAUCUACUUGUGCAGUGCAAUAGAUGGUCCAGAAUGUACAACAUGAUAGCAAGGUCUUAAUAAUUAAGACAAUGCAAAGAGAUGCAGCACACUUGUGGACAUGCAGGGCUGUGAAAAAACUUGCAGAAGAGGAUUUUGGGUAGUGACCUUCCACACUUUUCCUGCCCUCUCUGAUAACUUAAGGGUAACAUGUUGGGAUGUUUGCAUUCAUGUGUUCAUCAAACUCAUUUGUGUGUGAAUAUGACUUAUAAACUGAUGAAGCUUAAAGUCAUAUAUCCACAUAUAAAGUUCUACUUGUUGCUUUAAGGACCGUAGCUAUCUUUACUUUUGAAGAACUCAGUGCGCCGCUACACAGCGACAAACCGACUAACUCUGUGUCUUUUUUAGGGCUAGCAAAGUGUGAAUUAGCUGCUCCAACUACUAGUAUGUAGACCUACUGUUGCAAGUGUUGCUGCUCCAUCCAACCAAUCAUGAACUGAUAGGGCUGGCUUUUAAGAUCCCAAUUUUUGAUACCGUUUCACAUUAAAUAUUUACAAUAAAUGAUAAAUUAGACUGAUUUUUGUAAAUAUAAUAUACUCAAGUAUGGAGAGGAUACGUGUGGGGAUUUAAAAAUGUUUUUGUUGACUCUAGUAUAGGUACUGAAAAGGACAAUCUUAUUGGUUAGAGGACCAUUAAUACUCAGAGUGUAAGCUAAACUUCCCCAGGUAGUUGAGGGAUUGUCAAAUCAUUGACCUAAUGUCACCAACUCACUAUGUGAACAUAGGAGAGGACACUUAACUUCACUUCUCUUAGAUAACGUAGCUGAGAUGAGGCAGAGUAUGACACCAAACAAUUACACCAAACUGUUCAGAGGGAGGCGAGGGAUGACAGGGACAAGUUUCUGUAUUAUUGACCACACAUAACCUCAUACGUAGGGUGUCAUCACCUCUAAAGUUAGCACUGAACAUCUGGAUUUCAAACACUCACUCUGCCUCUUUUGGCGUCGCAUGUCAUGUUAUUUGGUCAUGUCCUUUUUCGUCCCUGCAGAGGAAGAGAUCAUUGUUAGCUUUUGCUUCCUCUUUUACACAAAGGGAGAGACCACACACCUGUCAUGUAGUUUGCACCCAGUCAACCUACAUCUUUAAAAAAACUGUUUUAGGAUCUAGAAGUGUGUAAUCUUUACAGCUGUCGCAUCUUUUUCUUCACUUGAGUUAAAGAUCCAAAUGUUAUUUUUACUGUUGCUGUGUUAAAAACAUAACUUAAAUCCGGGACAAAACUAAAAGUGCACAUUCAUUGAAGUAAAAUGUAAAUGUUAUGAUUUCAUUUCAUGCUUUUAAAGUUUAGGGUGAGGCGAUGAAAUUUGUCUCUAUAAUUUUUUGUCUAAUUUGAUCUCAGUUUUAUUUGUUUUACUGAACUUUUACAUAAUUUCUAAACACUCAGUGUCUUUUUGAUGUUGAAGCAAAGCUGGUAAAUUCUCUAAAAGAGCGAGUGACUAAUGUUUUAAAUGUGGUGCAAUGCAACUGGUCGACUGUAGUGGAAAAAUUAGUGUGCGGGUCUGAAUCAAGAAGGAUUUACUCUAUCAUUAUGACUCACUUCUGUGGAUUUUACUCAUCAAAAUCUGAUUAUAUGUGAGUAACUGCAUCUUACUCUGCUCUACAUCCGUCUCAAAGAAACUCAAAGGAAUUAUUCUUUUCUGAUCUGAUUGUCUUUUUUUUCAGAGCGACCUUUUACCCAUCUUCCCCCACUUGUGGCUUUAGCAUGAAUAUUGUAUAGAUAACAAAAAUAACAAAGAAAAAUGUGACAUUGUUAAUCAAGAGAAAGAAAAUUCUUUCUUAGUGAUCUAAGACUAAUUUUUAUACAUCAUAAAUUUUCCAAUCCUUUGUUUGAACUGAAGAAGCCUUUUUGGAAAUGAGGUGAAACAUCGUCAAGAAUCUCAACCAAGUCUAGUUGCCCUUAGACCAUGUUUCCCUGCUCCAACACACCUGAUUCAAAUGAUCAGCUCGUUAUUGAGCCAUUACAGAGCUUGAUAAUGAGCUAAUCAUUUGAAUCAGGUGUGUUGGAGCAGGGAGGACUGGACUUGAGAACCACUGCCUUAGAUAACCAUGACCUGAAAAAUGAGAACCUAUACAGAACCUAUAAGAUUUUAUUUACCAAUCAAAGAAUAUACCAAAUGCACAAUUUGCAUCCCACACACACAGAAAAGCUCAAGCAUCACAUCAGAAAAAAACAAAAUGGUUCUUCUAGGGCUGAGCGAUAAACUGAAAAUUUACACCAAAAUUUACGACAUAACCAACGUCAUUUUGCCCAUGUCGGUGUAUUAGGUGUCAAAAAAAAAAAAGAUGAAUAAAAGUUGGUUUUGGGUGUGUGUAGGUAGGCUAUGGUCUCAUGUCCCUUUAAAAUGUGGUCCUACAUCAGAGACAUGACAGGUGAGGAGAUGGAGAACGGUUCAAAAGUUGUAGCGGCUGGAGCGGCAGCUGCAGUGGUCAAAGUUCAUGUGGGAGGGGGUGAGCAGCUUGCGGAGUAUUUGUCGUCCUUUUAUCGUUAUCGAGAUGAACUGCUCAAUAUAUCGUGAUAUUGAUUUGAGGACAUAUCGCCCAGUCCUAGGUUCCUCUGUUAUUAUCUUGUCUUAGGCAGAAAUGUCCUAAGACAAGAUAAUAACUCUGCUAUUAUCCCACUCUGUUGAAACCAGUGGCUUCAUUUGUCUGUGUUGUUCUGCACUCAGCUGUUGCCAACUACAGAGCAGAUGAGUUAAGAUAAAGGUUAAGCAUGCAAAUACUAAUUGGCUGAAAAGUAUGAUAGUAGAUCAGAGUCAUUUGUGUCAUUGUUCAGUUAAAAAUGAUUGGUACAGCUGUUUUUAUUCAUCUUUUUAAUCAUGCUUCCUUUUUACAUUUAUCAGAAAUGGAAGAAAAACUGGUUCGUCCUCUACCCUGCCAGUCAAAACGGCAUUGCCCGCCUGGAGUUCUUUGACUCACCCUCAGGAGGAGGCGGUGGGGCCGGCGGGGGCUCAGGAAGCGGGUCCAAUGAGAAAACCAGGAAGCUUGACAAGAAGAUCAUCCGUUUGUCUGAAUGUAUUUCCAUCCUGCCGGCCCUGAUGGAGAACUGUCCCAAAGAAAACAUGGCAGCGUUCUGUGUGGAGACCAACGACAAGACGCACGUGUUCGCUGCAGAGAAAAAUGCCGCCAAGGACUGGAUGGAUACCAUGUGUGACAUCGCGUUUCAGGUAUUCUUACACUUUUCUCUUAUUUGCAUGUUUGUCAAAUGAAGAAAACUGACUGUGUGUUUAAUUUAAAAAACAGUGGGAAUGUUUUUGUGUGUGUAUGUCCAACCUUUUCAGUGUUUUUUGUCUGUCUUUAACACUAUUGAAGAAUAUUAUUUUGACUAUUUUGAACACAAACAAAAAUCUGCGUAGUGAGGUCAAAUUAAUAAAGAAAUGAGAGACUUGCUGCCUGAGAUUUAGUUUUCAUCAGGAGUUCACAACAACAUUGUAAGUCGUCCAAAAUUUCCCACGUUGCCCUGGGGUUUCUAUUCAGGCUCGUGCUUUUGUUGAACGCCCUUAGACACACAGACACACUCGCUCAAAGGAAGCCAAGAGGGAGUUUCCAAGAGGAAGACUUCUUCUCCCUGCUUCUCUGCUUCACUCUUUCAGCUCUCUUAUAUUAGAAAGCUCCCAGCCUCAUUAUAUUUCCUCACUUAUUUGUCAUGACGAUGCAUCUGUGCAGACAAACAUAAACUCGUGAUCUUAAACAAAAGUGAAAACAGCAUCAUGAGUAAAACUGUCACAAAAGAUGGUCUUUCUUGAAGGGGUGAGCCUGGCUGAAUAAUGUUUAUUCACUGUUGAUGUUUUAUGUGUGCACAGAGAGGAGGCGGCAGCGGCAGCAGUGACAGUACCGCUGCAGACUCUAAUGGUGGACCCAAGGACCUGCAGAUGUCUGAAAACCUUAUCUAUUACUCCAGAGAGGAGGGUAGGGAGACAAAUACUUCUUUUUAAUGUGUAUUUUAAAGAGAUACACUUUGUUAUUAGGUCUGUUUGACCUUUAUUAACCUGGGAGUGAAAAGGAAAGAUCGCCUCCUCAGCAGAGUUCUAUCAAACAUGUCAACAGCCAUAUACAGAGAAAGAGAAAUUCACUUUAAUGCUGCAACCCAAAGAAAAAUGGAGAUUGAAUUCAUAUUAAACUAUUUAUAAGCAUUUCAGAGAAUAAAAUGUAAUCUAAUAGUAACAUUUCCCCUGUCGUCUAUUUGCAGUUAAUGAGUUUUGGGUGACCGUUCAACGUACUGAUGCAUCAGAGCGCUGUGGGCUGACGGGCAGCUACUGGCUGAAAGCAGAAAGCGACGUUUUAAUCUUGAAGGAUCCGAAGACGAAGAGGAACAUGCAGAUGUGGCCUUACAAGCUGCUGAGAAGAUAUGGACGAGACCGGGUGGGUGUUCGGAUGUUUGAUGGGAAAUUUUUAUACCAGACGAGAGAAACGAUAUAAAAAUGGAUAUGUGUGAGUUGGCAUUUGUACAAAAAAGGAAAAAAUCAAAAAUAGUUUGAAAGAAAAAAGUGAUUUUAAAUAUCACAUCAUAUUUGCUGAGGACAGAGAAUUAAGGGGAAGAAGGAAGGAAAAAAGCAUCAUUUCAGUGAAAGAAAACGACAAGUAAUCAUUGAUGGUUGGGGGAGGGGAAUUUUUUAAUUUUUUAAAAUAUUUAUUUAACCUUUAUUUAUUUAUUUAUUUAUUUAUUUAUUUAUUUUUUUAAGAUUAGGAAACGUUUCAUUGCAUCCAGUAUUUAUUUAUACAUAUUAAGAUUAAAGUACUAACAUUUAGUAUGUAUACAUCCAUAUUUAUAUUUAAGUACUAACAUUCAGUAUUUAUUAUUUGUCCAUUUUGAUAUUAAAGUAUUAACAUUCAGGCCUUUUGACUUCUUUUUUUGUUGUCUAGGUGAUGUUCUCAUUCGAGGCUGGUCGACGCUGUGACUCAGGCCCCGGUAACUUCACUUUCGAGACAAAGCAAGGCAACGAGAUCUUCCUACUUGUGGACCAGGCUAUCCAGUCCCAGAAGGCAAUGGCAGAGGACCGGCACCUCAGCUGUCCUAUGAACUUUGACCCAGACUGCCCUGCCUCACUCCAGCACAUCCGCAAUGCUGCUCCUUGCGGCAUGGUGGCAGGGAGUGGAGAUAGCAGUAGCUGCAGCAGUCGGGAGGCAGAUGGGGAUUCAGGAGGGAGCAAACCGGGCUCUGCUGAUGGUGUGCUUGGGAAGAGAGAAGGUGGAGAUGGAGGAGGAGGAGGAGGAGGAGGAGGAAGAGGGCAAGGAACAUCAGCACUUAAAGGGAGGAGUUUACCUGAACCACCAGCCAUUUUGAGCCAUUUGGGAGGAGGGGGGACUCCUCCUAAGUCUCCCAGAGGGCAGGCAGCAACCAAAGGUCUAACCCCAGCCGAUGAACAUGCAGGUCUUUACUCUGAACCAGCAGAUGCAGUUCGUCUUCCUCCACACAGCGCUGACUGUCUUUACUCCGACCCAGUGGACAGCAUCAAGGGUCAAAGCAAAACCAGCAACCCGGCUCCAGUGCCUACUCCACGCCUUCGGCCAGUUGGAGAUGAGGCUUCAGGAGGCGGGGUCCAAGGGCAACAACACCAUGAUGGGAACAACCACAGAAAGCCACCAGACCUGUAUUCACAUGUUUAUGAUCACAUCAGCCAAGAGGUCAAUCUCAGGACGGGGGCACUGAGUCUGAACGGGGCCACAGAAGGAGGCAGAGGGGUUAAUAGUAACAGGCAGCCCCCAGGAAGUCAAGCAGACGGGGCUUCAUCUACUCUUCCUCUGGAGCACAUAUACGAUGAACCAGAGGGCUGCGCCAAGGGAGGGUCUACUAUCUCAGUCGUUUCAGGGGUAAGUCUCUACGAUGAGGCCUGGGUGGAUUCGAGUGUUCAGAGGAGACAGGAAGAGGCGCUGGAAGGGAAUUACAGUACCCCCUCUCAUGGGAAAGCAUCAGAUCCCCCGAGAAACUCUUCAGUACAGCUAGGCCUGAGUCGUGGCACACCGCAACCUCCAACUCCAAGGUGGCCCAAACCCAUCACUGCCCCAAAACCAAGCAGAAGCAUUUUUGCUCGGAAGGAACCAGUGCCACUUCCUCCUGGGAAACACGGAGGACCAGGGAGCAAUGUAAACAACAACAAUAAUCUGGGAGGGGGAGAAGACAAAGGAAGAGAAGGGAGAGAGCUGUACAGUAAAGUCUCCAAGCAGAAAACUCAACCUGCUAACUCGUGGUAUGCCCAACAACACACUCCGUUGUUGAGAUCACCUGAUAUAAUCUAUGACAAUCUGGGAGAUGUCUGAAUGAAAAUUUUGAGAUUGUAUUUUCUGGAAGGUGUGAGCACAUUUCUUCUGACUGUGGAGUAAGUAUUUGAGACUCUUAAGAAGCCCACAAAAUGCACGCAUCUGAAACUCCGAGCUGAAAUCUGGAAGGGCCACCCUCUGUGAGUCUGUUUUGGAGAAGGAGUGAGUGUUUGCCUGGUCAAACCCAUAAUUGAAGUACCAAUCCACAGUGUGGUUGGAACCAGCCACUUCACUUGGACGCACACACACUUCAACACAAAUACACAUUUGCCAAGGAGCAUAGCCGACAGGCUUCACUUUAACAAGCUGAGAGCGCGGCUUGGCACUUCUUCCACUAAAUGUGUGCCAUGAGUAUGACAGGACUGUGAAACAUGUUUUUGCACUGCUGCGUUUGUAUUUCUCUGCAAUUUGGGACAAUAUGACUGCAGGAUUUUUUUUAUAGGUUAUAUUUAAGGCCAGGAGUCCAGAGAAAGAUUGAUUGUUUUCUGUCAGCGUUAGUGGCUUUCCUCAUUGUCCCUAAACCAGGAAAACUCAGAGGUUUAGUAGUUAUCGGCCCAGGACAUUUACUCGCAAUAUGCGCUUAUCUUAGGGGUGACUGAAUAUUAAAAUGUGGAUUCUUGAGACAUGAAGACCCUAUCUUUGAGGUGACUCAAAAGUGGCUCUCUGCAAAGGUUCAUAUUUUAGAAAUCAAUAUUUGGAUAUACUUUGUAAUUGUAACGUCUCAGUAUGUGAAUGUAUGUCUUCAGAGCAGCUGUGCUGUGUGUAAAUAUGACUUAUAAUAAAAAACUUCUUCAGAAACUUUUAA